UCUUUGGGAGAUUGAGCCAUUAAUAACAUUUCUUAUGUAUCCAUCUCCAUUUCCUUUACGCCUUAAACGACCUUGGCCUCCAGGACUACCAUCAUUCCAUGCAGGAUUGAAGGAUGAAGAUUUUGGUAUGAGUUCUCCACUGAUGUGGCUGCGAGACGCCGACAGGGGUGGUCUUCAGUCUCUAAAUUUUCAGGGGAUUGGAGUUAGUCCUUGGAUGCAGCCGAGGUUUAAUCCAUCCAUGCUGAAUAUGCAAACAGACAUGUAUCAAGCUGUGGCUGCGGCGGCACUUCAAGAUCCUUCUAAACAGCAUCCUUCUUCCUUACUUCAAUUUCAGCAGCCACAGAACUUUCCAAACAGAACUACUGCUUUAAUGUAUUCAUAGAUAUUGCAGCAAUCACCACCUCAGCAAGCUUUCCAAAUUGAUCAAGAGAAUCAGUCACAAACUCUAACACAUGUUCAACUGCGUCCACAGCACCAGAACUCAUUCAAUAACCACCUUCACCAUCACAACAACCAGCAACAGCAACCAUAGCAGAUUUCCAAUGCAUUGUCUACAAUGUCUCACUUUGUUUCAAGUUCAGCAACUCAUCCUUUCUCACCACCGGUGCAGGCUAUCUCUUCCUUGUGCCAACAGCAAAGCUUUUCAGAUUCAAAUGGAAACCCUAUCACCACUGCUAAUGUUUCUCCUCUGCAUAGUAUCUUGGGGUCCUUU